AUGUCUGGUUGGAUGCAAGACACAGAAGAACAAAACUCUGCUUCAUGGCCAAACCCAAACGCCAAUGAAUUAAGCUUGUGUGCUUACAAACCCAUCUCCGAUAUCCAUGAGGAAUGGCACGUGCCCAACGACAACAACCAAAACCACUCACAUAUUAGAGACAUGGCCUUCUCCACCAACUUCGCUAAUAACACGUUACUCCAUCAACUGCAACCGUUGCACACUUUCUCUUCUUCCAUUAACCUCGGCCUAUCUCAAGUGCACAACUUCCUCACUUCUAAACCCUUAUUUUACCCGUUGGAGCAUGACUUUUGCGCGGGUUCUGAAGUGGGAUUUCUUGACACUCAAGCAUUGAACAAAGUUGAUCAUGGUGGUGUCUUCUUCAGUUCAAAUGAUAAUAACCAAUCAGCCCUUCCAAAUUUAGCAACCAUGUGUGCAAUGCCUCCCCAACAAGACAGUGUAGGAUUUUCGGGAUUCAAGAAUAUUAGUAACUCCGAUCACGUGGAGGGUUCAACGAAGGCCUUGCUUCUGAGCAGGUCCAACUUACUGAGACCCCUUGAAUCGUUCCACCCAUCAGGUGCACAACCAACACUUUUUCAGAAGCGAGCAGCACUUAGAAAAAGCUUGGAAAAUAACUGCAAAGGCAAGAGUAAAGGGAAUAGUGAUAGUAGUAGCAAUAAGAGAAAGACGUGUUAUAAUGGAGAAGGUGUUGAAGGUGGAAGUUUUGAAGGGUCGGGGUUGAAUUAUGAUUCUGAUGAGAGUGAUGAGAAUAAGAUGAUGGAAGAGGGUGGAAGGAACGGUGGAAUCAGCUCGAAUGCGAAUAGCACCGUCACCGGUGGCGUGGAUCAAAAGGGCAAGAAGAAGACAUGGAUACCUGCUAAGAAUUUGAUGGCUGAACGCCGCCGAAGGAAGAAGCUUAGUGAUAGACUCUACAUGCUGAGAUCCGUUGUUCCCAAUAUUAGCAGAAUGGACAGGGCUUCAAUACUUGGGGAUGCAAUAGAGUAUUUGAAGGAACUUCUGCAAAGGAUAGGUGACCUUCACAAUGAAUUGGAGUCAGCACCACCAGCUGUCUCUUCAUUGACUUCAAGCUUUUUUCAUCCCUUGACACCCACUUUACCAACACGUGUGCAAGAAGAACUUUGCCUCAGCUCAUUGCCAAGCCCCAAUGGCCAACCAGUGAGGGUUGAGGUUGGGUUUCGUGAAGGAAGAGGUGUAAACAUCCACAUGUUUUGUGAGCGCAAACCUGGUCUCUUGCUGUCUAUCAUGAGGGCUCUCGACAACCUUGGCAUAGACAUCCACCAAGCAGUUAUCACCUAUUUCAAUGGAUUUGUUAUGGAUAUUUUCAGAGCUGAGAUACACAAAGGUCAAGACGUGCAUCCAGAGCUAAUCAAAGCAAUUCUAUUGGACUCAGCUGGCUUCCAUAGCAUGAGCUAA